AUGUUUUCACAAUCUCUUAGUGGAAAUAAUACUGGUACAUUCAAAUUUGGUGCUGGUGGCAACACGGCUACCACACAAGCCAAUCCGUUAGGUGGUGGUGGUGGCGGCGGCUUUUCCUUUGGAGCAUCAAAUACCCAAAACGCUGCUAAUAAAAGCUUUACCGGAUUUGGCAACACAACCACCCAAGCUGGUAAUUUCACAGGUUUGGGCGCCACCGCAGCAGCGUCCGGUGGUUUUGGUGGAUUUGGCACCAAUACAACCUCACAAGCAGCCGGAUUUGCAGGAUUUGGCAAGACAGCAACCACACAAUCAACAGGAUUUGGUGGACUCGGUACAAAUACUUCUACACCAUCGACAGGCUUUGGUAAUUUCGGUACAAAUACGUCCACGCAAUCGGCUGGCUUUGGAGGAUUCGGUACCAAUCCAACGACGCAAUCUGCAGGAUUUAGCACUUUCGGUAAGCCAACGGCCACGCAAUCCGCUGCCUUUGGGGGAUUUGGUAAUACAUCUACUUCACAACCAGCUGGAUUUGGUGGCUUUGGUACUACAUCAGCGCAACCCACUGGCUUCAGUGGAUUCAAUAUGUCAACAACAUCCAAACCAACUUUCGGCACAGCAACCACUCAAUCGAGCGGAUUUGGUAGUUUUGGUACAACAGCACCUCAAGCAAUUGGUUUCGGUGGAUUUGGUAGCCUUGGAGGCAGUUCUGCCUUACAAACAGGAUUUGGACCAUCGACCGCGACUACCUCUCUAUUCGGUAAGCCGUCUGGUAAUAUAAGUGGAUUUGGAGCUGGAACCAGUGCGCUUAGCUUUGGCGGUCAAACUACUGCAAGUAAUUUGCUUGGUGGCCAAGGAUUAGCUCCUGGUGUUGGUCAACAAGCUGUUCAGGGUGGUGUUCCUGAGAAUCUUCUUUUAGUUGCUAGUUGUACCUGUAAUAUUUUUGGUGAUGAAAGGGAUCUAACACUAGCAAAGUUUAAUCAACUUCAAGCUAUCUGGGGGCUCGGAAAAGGCUUUUAUAAUAGACACGCGCCUCCAAUUGAGUACCAACGAUCGAAUCCUUUGUGUAUAUUUAAGACCGUAUGCUUUAGUAGCCUGCCUGCAGUAAAAGAAUCUGAUGGACUUGUUGUUCUUAAACUCAAUAAGAAAGAAGCAGAUGUAAAUGCUCAAAAACAAAACAUUUUAGAUGCACUUUAUACUGCUUUAGGAAAAAGACCGUUAUUAUCGGUGCGAUUUGUUGAUGUUAGAGCUAUUGGCGACAAUGCAUCCGAAAUGACAUUUUAUAUUGAAGAAAGAGCGCUCAAUGGGGUUCGAAAGCGUUACCUUGCUCGUGAGAUUAUUGAUCAUUUGGCUAGAAAUAAUUUUUCUAGCCAAAUAGCCAGCUUAGGAAUAGUGGAUAUUUAUCCAAAACCGAUCAUUACUCCACAACAAGUUAGAGAUGUCCUAGAAAAUCCUCCGUCAGGUAUUAAUCCAGCUGUGUGGAAACAAGCUAUUGAGAAUAAUCCAGAUUCCGCAAAUUUAAUUCCUAUACCAGUAGUUGGAUUUGAAGAAUUAUGUGCUAGAUUUAAGGCUCAACAAGAAGAAACAAAACGCCAAAAUUCUGCUUGUGAACAAAUAUCGGAUGAGUUGGUUAAAUUACAGCAAAAGCAAGCUGUAGUUAGUGCUAGAGUAAAUCAGUAUCGACGUAAACACAUGGAACUAUGCCAUCGUGUGUUAAAGAUCAUUAGUAAACAAGAGUUAAUUAACAAGAGUGGAUUUUCGUUAACCGAAGAAGAAGAUCAAUUCCGAUUUAGACUUCAGGGAAUGGAAACUGAUUUCAAUGCCCCAAAUCAGUUUAAGAACCGGCUGUAUGAGUUAAUGUCUCAAAUCAGUAUGAAGAACACAACUUCAUCAGGACCACAAAAUUUAGAAUUUAAGGCAGAUGAAGAGACAUUGCAUACCAUUAAAAGAUAUCUAACAAACCAACAGAAAGCUAUAACUGCCUUAGUUGAAACAUUUAAAGAAGAUCUAGAGGACAUUAACGUUAUUGAACAAGGCUGGUCAGGUUCUUCAAAUAAAAGCUGA